CCCUUCGACUCUGACAUUCUCAAUCCUACAACUUUACCCAGAUUCAUCACCACAAUCACCACGACGAGACCGAUGUCACGCGAGAUGGCUUUGCAAGCAUACAGGCAUCUCCUGCGGUCGACACGCAUCGCAUUUGAAGGGGACAUGCCAACGCUCUUCGCGGCGCGAACCAAAGUACGCUCGUCUUUCGAGGAGAACCGCGGCCUCGCCAACGGGAGCCAGGAGAGGGCAGAGCAAAUUGCACACGCUGAGGAGGUGGCAAAAUUCCUGAAGGAAAACGUUGUGCAGGGACACGCAACAGAGGCCGACGGCAAUUACAAGCUUCGGAUACAUGAACAUACCGAGCGUGGAAAUAAUGAGGAUAUCAAAAAGAGCAAAGGGAAAACACUAGGAGGGACCAAAUGCUGCUCGUCCUGA